CUGAAAUAUUGUAAGGAUCAAACACGAAAGAAUCGAAGUAUCAUAAUAUCAUAAUAUGAGGGAUUUCCAAAGACAAGAUAAGGGGUUUUGGUAUCAUGAAGAAUAUGAUCCGAUUCGAAAUGGAAGCAUGGAUGGGACAGAUAUUCGGCCUCAUGAUCGUGGUUUGAAGAGAGCGUAUGGUUUCCAUUUUGAUAGUACAAAGGAUCGAAUGAUUUGCUGUAAUCCAUACAAGACUUUGUUUGUUGGGCGAUUAAAAUACGAUACGACGGAAGAAGCACUAUAUCAAUUCUUUUCGCGUUAUGGGAAGUUACAAAGUGUUCAUCUUAUUCGUGACUUGGUAACGGGUUGUUCUCGAGGCUAUGGUUUUGUGGAGUUCGUACACGAAGAGGACUUUACCUCUGCAUUCUAUGGAGCUCAUCGAACAAUUCUGGACGGUAGCCAGAUCCUGGUCGAUUUCAUGCGUGCGCAGACUGUUCCGGGCUGGGUGCCUCGUCGACUUGGAGGCGGUGUCGGAGGGAAGAAACAAAGCGGACAAAUGCGAUUUGGUGGUCGGGAUUGUCCCUUCCAUGCUCCAUAUGAGAGCAAUCGGUUUAUUAAGAAGCCUAAUUCCGGAGAUGCUUCUGGAGGCAAACCGAGCGAUCGAAGGGGAUCAGGGAAGGAAUUCGAUGAGAAGGAAGAUGGACGUUACGAGGACAAAAGGAGAGAAAAAAGGGAGGAAGAUGGACGUUACCAUGACGAUCGUUCCAGAGAACACAGCAAAUCACAGCAUCAACACUCUCGUCAUCAUCAACAUGCUCAUUCUCGUAGCAGAUCUCGUGAGCAAAGGGGUUACAGAGAACGCAGAGAGAGUGGUAGUGGAUAUGGAGAACACAGAGAGAGUGGUAGUGGAUAUGGAGAACGCAGAGAGAGUGGUAGUGGAUAUGGAGAACGCAGAGAGAGUAGUAGUGGAUAUGGAGAACGCAGAGAGAGUGGUAGUGGAUAUGGAGAACGCAGAGAGAAUGGUAGUGGAUAUGGAGAACGCAGAGAGAAUGAUAGUGGAUAUGGAGAACACAGAAGGCAUGAAGAACACAGAAGGCAUGAAGAACACAGAAGGCAUGAAGAACACAGAAGGCAUGAAGAACACAGAGAUGAAAGAAGACAUCGAAAGCACAGAGAAAGCUACAGUAGAGAGAGGAAAAACGACACUAGUUAUGAUAGCAAUAACAAUAAUAUUAAUAGUAAUAAAUAA